AUGGGAUGGGAUCCUUACCUUAUUUCUCCCAUGUUCCCGUAUUUGACGCCCCCGUUCCCUAACCCCCCCUUGGCCGCCUGGUGGGGGAGCAUGUCACAGUCGGAGCUGAUUGAGCAUGGAGGCAAUACAACCCCACACAGGGCUAUGUCUUCUUCUGUCACUAGCAGGCCAGGCCGUUUGCACGGAGCGCUCGUUACUAGUUACGAAGCACAAUGGCACGAGUCGAUCCCAGUGCUUGUAAUGCGUAGCGGGCCAUCAUGGCACAUCUUCGGCGGCGCCUUCGACGUUGAGAAAGCCAUGAACUAUGAUAAAACCUUCGAGGGAGGGGGUUUAUCGAGGCUUGCGACCGCUUACAUCGGAACAAAGAAAGCAUCAUGCGACAUAACUCUAAAGUCUGUUUUCAUUCUCGUUGCUACGGUCGGGAGCCUCAUCUUGACUCAGUCGCAAGCCCGGGCUUCGGAUCCGGUCAGUAGCUUUCUUGAUGGACCGACUCGCUCUGAUCAACGCUCGCCAGCCCGAUACAAGAUAAACGGAUUCUUCGUGCGACGGCGCCGUCACCCCGUGGCAUCAAGGUACAACAAAGAGGCGACGCUGCCUCCGAGGCUCCAAUUGACUAGCUUGUUUAGCGGCCUGGUCAUCAGCUCUUGA